GAUCUAAUCCAAGUUUAAAAGAGAGAGACUUCCGAAGAAAGAUAAAAUAUGUUGGUAAAUUAUGUGAACCCAAAACUAAUCUCCAAGGCUAAUAUAAGAUCAUGUAUUUACUCUCUUUACCUUAAGAGAGGAAGUGCGAGUGGAGGAAGGGAAGAAGGAAGAGCUCCUUCGACGGCUGAGGAGUUCACGAGACAAGGUGUUGCUAGCCAGACGGUGGAGAAGGCUUACGACGGAGCGGUGGCGGCGGUCAGCGCCUCCGGUGAUACUGAGGCGAAGAUGGAGAAAGUGAAAGAGGAGUUUUGUGAGAAGGAAGAGGGUAGAGACUAUCACAAGAAGGUUACUGACAAGGAUGGUUUGCCUAUCAACACGUCUUAAGGAGCAUGAUGAAGGCAUGUAUCAUUGUAAAAUGGAGAUCAGUAUAUGUGUGCAUCAGUGCA